CUCUCUUCUCUCUCCUCCUUCUACUUCUACUUCUUCUUCCUCCCCUUUUCUCUACUCUAAUUUCUAUAUACCAUUGCCCGAGGGCUUCGGUUUUCCUACCAUUUAAUCUCACUUUUGAUUCUUUUUGCACACCUGAGAAUGAGCCGGAAGCUCGCCCCCGAAGCAAAUCGGAUUCUAUUUGUCAAGAACCUCAACUACAACGUGACUGCAGAGCAACUGUUCGACCUUUUCGGCAAGUUUGGGCCUAUUCGACAAAUACGUCAGGGUAUCGCGAACAACUCCAAGGGAACCGCGUUUGUUGUCUACGAGGACGUGCACGACGCCAAACAGGCAUGCGAUAAGCUCAAUGGAUUCAAUUUCCAGAACAGAUACCUCGUCGUUCUCUAUCACCAGCCGGAGAAAAUGGUUCGUUCGAAAGAGGACCUUUCGGAAAGACAAGAAAAUCUCGAACGUCUCAAACAGCAGCAUGGUAUAGAAUGAUGAGGGGAGGAAAUGUUCUCUUUCUCUUGGUCCCCUUUGCAGACAUCUAGCUGCAAGUUGUCUAUCAUGGGUUGGCUGUGGGGUUUCCGGCGUUUUAAUUUUUUUUUUUUUUUCUUUUUAUUCUUCUUAUUUCUUUUAUUCCUAUUUGAUCCCUACGGGUGUCAUGGUUUUUUAUUUCUUCACUUGGGGUAUGAGGAUUCGACGUCGACAGGGUGAGAAAGAGAACUCUGCUCGUCAUGGUCCCGGGAAAUGAUACAGAAUGAAUGAUGAGCUCUCGAGGGCAAAGGCAUGCCACUCAGUUAUUCUCAGUUAUAACUGGUUACAAUGAUAUAUAUAUCUUUCGAACCGGCCUCGGUCGGGUGCCAUAGUCGCGCAGCAGUA